AUGGGUAAGGGUAUUAGCAUGGAGGUUAUCAACCAGCGUAUAAACGAAGUCCUCUCACAAGCACAGGCGCAAACGAAUUUCACUAGCGCUUCCCUUCCAAAGCAGAUAGAGGAUAAGAUCGGCCAGAUUGUGCGAGAUGCUGUCGAGUACCAUCAGGAAACUGGUAGCCCUAUCUAUGUCAAAGACCUCGCCGCGAAAGUGAACUUCCAAGGCGUCCAACUGUUAGGCGUACAGCCAGUGACCUCUCCUCGGGAGUAUUCCAGAGACCUCCUUUUUGUCACAGUUUCCGUCGGCGGGCAGGUGGUACGAGCGUGUAUCGACACAGGUUCGUCGGUGAACAUCAUUCGCAGAGAAAUCGCACACUCCAUGCAGGCACAGAUGAGACUAAAACCAAGACUGAAGCUUGUACCUGUUGAUGGAGGAGAGUUCGCAGUAGGUGCAUGCAUUGAGAGUCUACCGAUCAAUGUAGGCGAUGUUGUCACAGAGUCUCAUACCAUGUAUACCUGGUCAAGCACCACCUAUUUCGAUGAGGUUGAAUACCGCACCUCUUUCACAGCACAUAACCUUCUGGCAAACCCGAAGCAAUGGCCAAGCAACGUUUUUCGGCCGAAAAACCAAGUCCUCCUAGGCGCACAGGUUAACACACUAUACAAACGGAAGGCGGACAAAAUUCAACCUGUCAAUUCGUCUGAUUCAGAUAGCUCAAUUCCUGCUGGUAACCCUGACUGGCAGAAUGUGUGUCUUAAGAAGUAUCAUUCCAAGUACCGUGCUACGGACACACCUUCGGAAUUCGAUGACCUACUUCGGCCGCGUAUUGCAACUAUCGUAAGAGGAGCCAGGCUAACGCCUAAACGAGAAGAGUCGAUGCUCGUUGGUAGUGGUCUGCUUCCGAAGGAAAAGCUACUGCUACUUAUUAACGAUAUGCUUCGUGAUAGACUGCGGAAAGGUGUUCUCGAACCAUGCGAUGGCCCGUAUAGAAACCCUUGGUUCCUAGUGAAGAAGAAAAGUGCAGGUAAGUACCGGUUGAUCAACGCCGCGAUGCUGAUCAACAAGGUUACAAAACGAGAUGCCAAUAUGCCACCUGAUGCGGAUGAGUUUGCUGAAGAAUUCGCUGGACUGGCCCUUACUUCUUUAGUUGAUCUAUACUCCGGUUACGACCAGAUUUCCCUAGCCGAGGAAGACAGGGAUCUCACCGCGAUUCAGACUCCACUAGGUCUGCUACGCCAGACUACAAUAUUACAAGGCGCAGCGAAUUCGGUGGCACAGUUCCAACGCGUGAACCUCGAUGAAACGCUAUAUCUUUUGGAGCUCGCCGGUGUUGCUGUCUCGGCGGAGAAGUCCCAAUUUACUAUGUCAGGAAUCGAGGUUGUUGGGUGGAUAUGCGAUAUCCAUGGGCGUCGCGCUGAGGAGAACAAGGUCGCAAAGCUUCUGGACUGGCCCACCCCAUUAAAUAAAGACGAACUACAGCUACUCUCAAGCUUCCCCACAGUGCUUCCGAUCGACUAUGCCUUCCAACCGUUAAUGAUUGUUGUUGCGGUAGACGCGUCUGGGAAAGGAUGGGGUGCUGUUCUGAUGCAAGAAAGAGAUGGUGUGAGGAAGCCUACACGCUACGAAUCAGGCAAGUUCCGGCACUGGCUAUAUGGUAUCCACUUUGUGCUAGAAACAGACGCGAAAACUCUUGUUUCGCAACUGAAUCGUCCUGCUACCGACUUGCCAGGUGCUCUUGUUACUAGAUGGAUGGCGUGGAUCCGUUUAUUUGACUUUGACGUUAAACAUGUUUCUGGGCGGAAGAAUGGUGCGCAAGAGGUAGACGUGGAUGACUUCAUUAAUGCAGAAGUGUCUUACCUACGAGCGAGCUGCUUUCCUGCGCGCGCUACUAUUACAAAUGGCGACGAAGAGCUCGCCGAUAACCCUGCGACCCUACCACUGGAGAAUAGCUAUUCGACCGAAUCACAAGAUAUAGCUCGCUACCUGACCACGCUUCGGCGCCCGCCGGAGAUGUCCCGCAGUCACUUCUACUAUUUCAAGAGGAAGUGCCUAAAGUUUGUUGUUCAAGAUAGUCACCUUUUCUACCGGCAUAAGGGAAAGACAGAGAUCAUGCGGCGUGUUCUCGAUAAGAAAGAAGACCAACAAAAAGUAUUACAUGGCGCCCAUACUGAACUAUCUCAUAAAGGACGAGAGGCCACCUACGCCUUACUAAAACUUCGGUACUACUGGUCCCGUAUGUUCGAGGAUACGGUUACCUUCGUGCGAACAUGUAUGGAAUGCCAGGCGCGUGAUCCCACCCGUAUGCAUGAGCCUACCGUCGCUUCAAAGAACCUGAGACUAUUCGAUAAGUGGUUUAUUGAUAUAACCCAUAUGCCAGAUGAAAACGGCGUCAAGUCUGUUAUCCAAGGAAGAGAUUCUGUUAGCGGCUGGGUUGAAGCAAGAGUUUUAGUCAGUGCUGACUCUGAAGCUAUCCAAGCUUUUAUUCAUGAGGAUAUUAUUUGCCGCCAUGGCUACCCCCGUGAGAUCGUUAUGGACGAUGGACCUAAAAACCGUAGCAAGACACUGAAGUUUCUUGAAGACCGCGGCGUUAAGAAGGUCACUAUUUCCGCAUAUUAUCCUGGUUCGAACGGUCCUGUUAAACGAGCAAUGAGGACACUAAAAGAUGCCCUUUCCAAGAUGACAGGUGGAUACCCAACUGGUGACAUAUCUACUCCGAAAAACCGAUGGAGGCCUCACUUCUAUGCCGCAUUGAUAGCAGACCGUGUGACCGUUAACGCUACCACUGGAAUCAGCCCGUACUAUUUCUUAUUUGGUAUCUAUACUGUUUUGCCUGUCGAAUUGGAGAUACCCACAUAG